GACCCACUGUGGCGACAUGCGUACUUCUCCAAAUCAGUCAGGCUGUUGUUUACGUUCGGUAUUAAGGCAUGAUUAUUGGUUUUUGGCCAAUAUAGAGAAUUUACCAUGUCCAGUGUAGUUACAUCGAUAAAUCGUUGUAUCAACAUAGUUAAAUCAAUUAGCAAUCAAACGAUUUCAGUGACAAUCCGGAAUUACCACUGUCCGCGCGUGAAAUUUGGAACCAAACCUUCAAUUUUGUGUUGCGCACGAGCACGUUCUAUGUACAGACAUUUUGCAAAAGACGCAGGGAAAGCAAUGUCAAGUUACGCAGGAAAAGAAAAGGACUAUAUUUUCCGACAGCUGAUGGAGUACAAGUCGUUCACAUACACCUACCUGCUCGCUGACCCCCAGACAAAGGAGGCUGUGUUGAUUGACCCUGUGCUGGAAACCGUCGACCGAGAUGUGAAAAUAGUCACAGAUCUUGGCCUUAAUCUCGUAUAUGGCAUGAACACACACGUGCAUGCAGAUCACAUAACGGGAACCGGCCGGAUAAAGGAGAAAAUCCCUUCCUGUAAGAGUGUAAUUAGUGCAGCGGGGAAUGCAAAGGCGGACGUUCAGCUUAAAGAUGGUGAAACGGUCAAGUUCGGCCGAUUUGAGCUGGAAGCACGAUCUACACCAGGACAUACAAAUGGUUGUAUGACGUUUGUCUGGCAUGAAAAGGGAAUUGCGUUCACAGGGGAUGCCAUGCUUAUUAGGGGCUGUGGCCGCACUGACUUCCAGGAAGGUAAUUCAGGAGUUCUGUAUGAUUCUGUCCAUGGAAAGAUAUUCACCCUGCCUCCUGAGUUCAACCUCUAUCCUGCUCAUGAUUACACUGGCCAGACAGUGACCACUGUGGCUGAGGAAAAACAGAUGAACCCGCGGCUCAGCAAGCCUAAGGAAGAGUUUGUUAAAAUCAUGGAAAAUCUCAAACUACCCUACCCUUCACAGAUAGACAAAGCCUUGCCGGCCAACCUGUUGUGUGGAAUUCAGCCUGCAUAAAUUCAAGCCCAUGCUUUUUGACUAAGCAAUGUUCAACAUCUAUAUAUCCGGUGUACUACACAAAUUGUUGUCUUCUACAACACCGGACAAUUUUUGACCCAGUACAAGUGCUCGUUACUUUUCCAUUAUGAUAUUUUCCAUCACCAUAUUUUUGCUGGCUGUGGAAUCUUUGCUUUAAUAAUACAUACAUCUGUUUUUAAUUUCACCAUGAUUGUCAUCUUAUGGUGUUCAUCUAUGCACUUACAUGGUAGUGUAAAAAAUGCAUAAUAAUGUACAUACUGGUAAGUAUGUGUACAUAAUGCGUUCAUUUGGGACUAAUGGACUUAUUUACAAAUACUUUCCAAAUCUUAGGAUAUGAAAUGCCUAGCAUACAUGAUUCAAAGCAUAGAUUCAGACAAAAAGAUAUGGUAUUUAAAAUGACACUCUUAUUUAAAAUCAGUACAUAUAAUGUAUAGCAAACAUCAAUUUUGAGUGCUAAACCUUUAACUACUAACUAAAUAAUGCAUUUAUGGAAAAUAUUACUUACUGAUAACAAGAUUUAGCCGUGUAUUUAAUAGCGAAACACGCACAAAAUUAAUAUUAAAUGAUUGGUGAGUGCUUAACGAUUUACAGCAAUGCUAUAGUUUCACAAGAUAGAAAUGCCGUGUUUUCUGCACCUUUCUUACAAGUUAAACACAGUAUCCUUCAUCAGAACCACUGUUUUCGAUAUUUAUUUAACCUUUUGGGUAAAUUGAAACAAUUGUUUUAAUUGUGUUACUUUUUAUUUGGGAGUAAGAGUGCACGUGCACUAUAAAGAACUUGAUCAAAGAUUUUAUGCCUUUUAAGAUUUUUCUUAACUUUGCAAAAAUUGAGUUAUUACUUAUACAUACUUUUACAAAUGAUCAUUAUACAGCAACUAAAAGAUACCCAUUUCAACAGAAUUUUAAAAAUGAAGGCUUAAAAUUACUCAAUUUUUAUUAGCCUAACUAAAGCUUUAAAAAUAAUGACUGAUGAUGCAGGUCUUAUUUAAACAUGUGCAUUUCGUUGUCAUGAAAUUAAAAAAUCAAUGUCUGAUUCUAUAAAAGAUGAAAGAGACCCUUUAAUAUAUUUCAAAAUGUGCAAGUGUGAAAUUGUAUACAAAAACAUGUAUCUAUAUUCAGGUUUUUUUAUUUUUAUAACCCGCUCAAUGUUAAUGAUUUGUUUUAGAAUAGUUGGACUUUUUAUCAAUCUGUAUUUGGUGUAUGGUCUACAUUUCUCUUUUCUAAAAUUGUAACCACUAUGCAGAAAAUAUGUAUUAUUUGAAAUGAACAAAUUUGAAAUGAACAAAUUUAAUUUUAAUCAUUUGUUUUUUGUCAAGAUAAAUGUUUCAUAACUUAUUGCUGCAUACUCACCAUUGGACAAUAUUGCUAAAUGUAUUAUAUUACAUGGGGAAAUCCAUGUUCUUGUCAUUAAAAUGAUGUUAUUCUUUAUCUUUUGGUGUAUUCUUGAUAUUCCUGUGAAUAUGCUCCGUUUGACUGUGUCAUUGAAAAUAUAUUGUUUUGUAAAUAAAUUUUUACCAAAUAA